UGUAAAGCUUUGUGAAGACAGCUGGCUUUUCCACAGUUAAGAUAGAGAUCUCGGGCUGAGCUGUUUACCUAGACUGCAGCAAUAGGCAAAGUGCAUAUCCAAAUAACUACCCCAUAGAUUAAUGUGCAGCUCUCACCUGGCCAGUUGUCAGUUUAAACAAGAAAGGUUUGCAGCAUCCAUCAACCUGAGUGAAAGGCAUCUUCAAGGAAGAGAAUGAAUCUGGAAAAGUCAGCGGGAUGCUUUCUGCUGCUACUCUUUCAAUGUGGACUAUGGACAAAUGCAGAAAAGGCCUUUGAACUUGCUAAUUCUCAUCUGAUUCCACCAGGAGGCUAUAAGAGACUGAUCAACAUUAACGCAGAAGAAUAUCCACGAGACUGCAGUGAGAUCUUCAAGCAGUCUGAAGAAAACCCCAGAGAUGGUCUAUAUGUCAUUCAGCCAGCAAAGGAGCCUAUUGGUGUGUACUGCAACAUGCAAGAUGGGGGCUGGACAGUAAUUCAGCACAUUACUGCCAACAGUACUGUGGACUUCGACAGGACGUGGCAGGACUAUAAACAUGGAUUUGGAACAAUUAAUGAUAACUACUGGUUAGGCAAUGAAUACAUGCACCAGCUAACCAGCUCUCCAAGGCCAUAUACACUUAGGAUUAAACUUGUGGACCUAAAUGCCAGUAUCAAGUGGGGAGAAUAUGAACCCUUCCACAUUGAAGAUGAAGCCUCUCAAUACCGAAUCCGGCUUGGUCUGUUCAAAGGUAAUGCCGUCGACGCCCUGUGUCGUGAUACAGAAGCGUAUCUCCACGAUAACCAGAUGUUCACAACAAAAGAUAGAGAUAACGACAACUAUUUUCAGAACUGUGCCAAACUCGAGUACAACGGGAUUGCUGGGGGAGGCUGGUGGUAUGAUGCUUGUGCUGGAGCGAAUCUAAAUCGCAGGAAUGUCAUCUACUGGCAGCAGGACUGCAACAAAGAGCACAUGUGCAAGUAUGCCUGGAUGAUGGUCAAGCCAGCUGACCACAGCCAGGAGUGGCUCAAGGCUUGCGCUACUGAGAAGGAUGAAUUGUAAGCAACAGUCGGAAAUUAAAUCCAGGUGGAGAGCUGCUGUUUCUUCAACUUCUAUGUAGAAGCCACCUUUUUCCAUUGCCGGGUUUGUGUUUGAAUAUAGAAAUGAAAUUAAACCCAGCACAAAAAUAAAGACCGCGUGACAAGAUAUGAAUAAUGGAGGACCCCAGAAUUUAAUUCCCCUGCUCCUUCCACUCCAGUAGUAAAUCUUGAGUGAUGACCAAAUAGUGUAAGAGAGGUCUAGACAUUAUUAAUAUUCUGGGAGAUGUGAGUAGAGUUAAAUUCACAAAUUAUAGCGUGCGGAUAAGAUUAGCAAGUGGUUGUGAGCAUUAGUAACAGAGGAUUUGUGAUUAAAGGAAAAUAUGGAGAGACAAUUAAACAUAUAAAUCCAUAAGAUAUAUUUAGUAAUCAGGAUGCCGUAAAUUAAAUAUGGAUAUUA